UUGGUAUUUGCCCGAAAGAAGUGGAUAAUCAUUAUAAUUUCUCAUGUGCCGUAGAGGAAAGAUGUACUUAUUGCUUUAUGAAUAUCAUAAGUAAACCUGAAUAAUAUCAAAGAAUAAUGAUGUGUUCAAAGUUUUAUAAAGGGUGAGAGUCACGUGAAAAGUGUUUGUUUAUUUUUAAUAUGUCAUACUUUCAUGGUACACCUGUCAGAAAUUUUGAAAGUUACGCAGAAAGGCGGCCAAGAAGAAAGCACAGUAAACAGAGAUCAGCAACCAGUGAAAAUGAAAUUGAACCAGUCCACUCUCGACAUCGUCGAAGGCAUACUAGUCGAGCUGUCGCUAAAACGAAAGCGAUUUCGGGGGAUGUAAUCGACAAUACUUGUGAAGAUGACAGAGCUUUAGGUCAAAAAAGAAAAGGAAGGCGACAUCUCUACAAAGAAAUCGAGAGGUUGAUGGAAGAAAACCGAUUAAUUACAGCAAAAUUGGAAGAAACAGGAGCUUCAGAAGCUCUGAACGAUUCCACGGAAAAAGAUAAGCUAAUAACCAAAGUUCGCAACAAGUAUCACAAAUUGGAACAGAAAUAUCAAGAAUUACUUGCAGAGCACAAUAAACACAGUAUUCUUUUAGCCGAAAAAGAUGCGGAAUGCCAAGAACUGCACUCGCAUCAUGAGCAAUUAACACUAGUAGUACAAACUUUAGAAAGUAAUCAAUCUAGUCUGGUUACAUUCACCGAAAAAUAUAAAUCGGAAAAUGCACAGCUCAAAGAAGACGUUUCGCUUCUUAAAACUCUAGUCUAUAGGCUUAAUGUAGAGUUAGAAAAAUAUCAAGACAAACUACGAGACGCUGGUCAUAGCAUCGAAUCAAAAAAUGUGACAACUAUUGUCAAUGGUCCUGAUUCGGACUCUGACAAUAAAAAAGCAGCAGCAUCUUGGGGCAAAGUCAAUACACACGCACUGGGUCCACUUUUGGAUGCAUAUCAAGAAAAUUUGGAAGAAAAGCAAGAAUUAAUCAAGAAGUAUGAAGAGGAAAUUGAUGUUUUUAGUGGAAAAUGUAAAGAAAUAGUUAGCGAGAAUGAAUCCCUUCACAAAGAAGUUGAAGAAUUGAGGAAAAAGUGUGAGUCGUAUGCAGUAGAAAUAAAAAAAAUAGAAGAAGAUACUAUUGUCAUAAAAGAACAGAACGACAUUUUAACCAAACAAACUAAUCUUCAAAAACAAAAAUUGCAAGAGAUUCAUUCUGUCUAUGAGCAAAAAGUAGAGACAAUGUCUCAAGACAAUAAUAAACUCCACAAAGACUAUUUAGCUUGCAAGACUGAAUUGAGUAAUCUUCAAGGAAAAUAUGAAAUUUUGAACGAAGGUUACGAAAAGAUAAAAAGUCAUUGUGAGAAAACGAUGCCUGUUUCGGUCCAUAAUGCUACAGUGGAAGAAUGUAAAAGAUUGUUUGAAGAACUCAAGCAUCAAUAUGAGAUGGACAAGAAGAAACUUACUGCAAAAAUUACACAACUGGAGGAAACGCAGCCGGAAAAUGAAAAGCAAUUGAUUGUUGUCACUGCUGAAAGGGAUCAACUCAAAGUGCAGUCGAGAAACUUGGAGAAAAAUUUAAAGAGAACGCAGCAUAAACUGGACCACCUUCAAAAAAACGUAUGUUCAAUUCAGAUUUCACGUGAGUCAUUCAAAAGACAAUUGAACAAAACUACUGCAUUUUGUAAGGAACUAGUUACAGAACAAGAAAAUCUUUUAAAGGAAAGAGAAAAAUUAAUAGCACUUUUAAAGGAACGUGAAAAAGAGAACGAAGAUAUUACCUGUUUAGGAAAUAACAUCGCUCAUCGAAUGGGAAAUUUACGAAGUCAAUUGAAGAGUGUGCAAAAAGGUGCAAAACAGCAAUUGGACUCGGUCGAAAAGCAUAUAAAAAAUCAAGAACUGGGUGUGGAUCAGAUGAAAUCUGAAUACUCACGUGAACUCCAGCGAUUGAAGAAUCUAGUCAAAGAAAAGGAAGGAAUAAUCGGAAAGCUGCAGAGAGAAAAAACUACAACUCAGGAAAAUUUGGAACUCGUCUUGAAAGCUGCCGCGAGUGAUGAUAAAAAAGUGAAGGACGCUUUGAAAAAUUCUAAGAUCUACAAUCCCUAAGGGUAAUUUUAGUGCAAAAGGACAAAUAGAAUUAAUUUUCUUAGGUAUAUAAUGCUAUAUAAGGCGCUACAGUUCUCAAUUUGAUGGUUACAUUUGAAGCAAACAUAUAUAUUUAAAAUGAAAAUGAUUGAAAUCUUAGAUUUACUGGUUAAAUCAAAGUCUUUCAGGCAAAUGAAUAUUCAGAACUUAAACUAUUUAAAUUCGUAAAAGAUAUUCUAAACUCUUGGAAUUCUUAAAGUAAUUUUUUUUCUUCUGUCCUUAUAUG